AUGAUGGCGGACACUGCGAGGAUGCUGUCUCCGCGCCCGUCGGCGACACGCACAGCGGCAAGGGCAGGCGGAGGCGCCGUUCAAGGGGAGCUUUCGCAGUCGUACCCACGUCCUCACCAGCACCAGGAGCAUCAAGAGCCUUGUUUGGGGGGUCUCCUAGAUCCGUUUUUCCUGACGGAGAUCGACGAAAAUGUCCAGGCCUUCAGCGGCACUGCUGCGACGAGCGGCUCGCGUACGUCUCUCUCGGGCGACGGUGCUAGUACAAGUGCCAAGGACGCGGCCCUCUACAGCCCAUGCAUGGAGUGCGUGCCGUCGGCGCGUGAAAAGACGGUGCGGAAGUCGCGCUCCGCGUGUGAGCUUCGGCUCGAGUGCCUCCUCCAUACGUCGAUGGGCAGUGAUAUCACGAAAGACGAGGCGGGCGACAGUAAGCGGAAGCAGCGACAGCCAUCGUCGUUCCCGUCGUCGUCACGCAGGGACCCUGCAGGCUGCUUUUCAAGCGUCGAGGUCAUGGUGCCGACAGUCGUGGUGGCUGCGGCGGACGAGGCCAUCGCUACAACUCCGGUGACAGCGACCGAUCCAGAGGCUGGGCCAAAAAGCAGCUCGCUGUUGUCCACAUGGGUAACAGCGCAGGCGUCGACUGUGAGGAGAGCAGGGGCACCGUCGACGGAUUCGGGUGUGACAAGUCGAACAGUAAACGCCUGUUUAGCCUCUCCGCAGUCCUUGAGCUUAUCGCACUCGAAACCCAGCAGCGACAACCGAGAUGGUCUGGAAGGUAGCUACGUGCUUGACAGCGAGACGACUCUUCUGCCGAGCAAGAGCGUCGACGCUGCUGUGAGCACCGAUUCCUCGACUGUUAGCAGCUACGCGAGCGAAGCACAGGAAAGGGCGACGGAAGAGGCGACGAACUGCGCCACCACCGGUGGGACGACCGUCGGGUCUAAGAUGACAUUGCUUGUAUCUUUGAUCAUGCGGUGCGCCCCGUCCCGAACGGGCCCGCCACACUCCGCGACUUCUACAGAAGACGGCGCUGCAGAUGCGGGGCGGCUGCCGCCGCUGGAGCUGUACCCACCUGUUGCGCUUCCAUCUUUGAUAGAGGAGGUGCCGUGCGGCGUGGAAUACGACGUGCCUAUCGCGCAUCAUGACGACACGUGCGACAUGAAGGACAUCACAGUGGCUGUAAAGGAGGAUGCCGACCAGCGACGGAGUGCCUUGACGGAAGAGCCGACUCUGCAGGCCUCAACCGCGAACAGGCGCACGCAGCACACACAAUGGUCGAUGCACCCGUUGCCGGUGACUGCGUGGCUGCUCGGCAGCUCAGCCAUGGACGCCUCACCUUCGACAGCGUUGUGGAGGUCGGCCCUUUGGUCCAGACCGGCGAUGCUCACGCUGUGCUCGUGCGUUUCCGCACGAUCAGAGGAGCACUCUGUCCAGGUGCUGCCAAGGCUGCUGGCGAGCGGGUCGGCGGUGUCGAAGAACUGUGCGAUCCAUCAACGCCGCCCUUCCUCGUUCACGAACCCUGUACUCUACAUGUUGCCGCCACCUUCUUUUUUGACGUGCACUCCAGCGCCGGGGCCGACGAAGGUGCUGGCGAUGCGCUCUUGGGCAGAUCUCGAACGCGCGUCACUGUCCUUCCCUGGGACAUGGCUCGCCUCCGUGUCUGCGCACCUCUCUGCAGUCCCACCGUCGCUUACCACAGGCUCGACUACGUUACGUGUGCCGUCAAUGCUGUGCCUGACGCUGCCACCACUGCCCGAUGACACCUCUGUUAGCCCUGCGUCCGUCGCGUACAUCACUCGGGCUCCAUCACGUCUGGCUCCCGCAGCAGAGGAGGUGGCCGCGCGGCAGUCGUGUGAUGUGUGGCGUCUCGCGCGGUGCUACGCGCACUUCGAGCGCGCCGUUGAGCAACGCGGCGACGACGGUGUAUGGUUAGCGCGUGGCAUCAGCUCCCUUCCGACGCGGGAUUCAGUAAAGCUGGUGGCUGCUGCUGGCGUUGCUAGAUGGGGUACGGAGAGCAGCCUGGAUGACGACGGCGAGGAUAGUGACGCGUGGCUGUUUCCUUCCGGCACUCUUGAUGUCCCUCCCGAUGCCCCUUCCCCGACUUCGCCGCAACUUACUUCGCCCUUUCCGUUCUCCUCCGUGGCAUCUGUGCUUCGCGCCGAGAAGGAGGAGGAGGUCUUCGCCUCCGCUGUGAUGUGGGCGGUGGGGAUGAUGACCGGCGUGUGUUGA